CUGUUUCCCGAACUCGGAAAUUCCCGACAAGCAACGGCGAGAAUCCGGACGGAGAGAAGAAACCAGAAGAAGACGAAAAAGAAGGAAGGAGGAGAAAUCUUAAUUGAUAUAGAGUGAAAGAAGAAGGGUUAAUGGCGGAGAACAAGGAACUGUUGCCGGCGAAGUACGACAUCAACGCAAAGUGGGACGCCUGUCUCGAUCUGACCGUCCGUCGCUUCGUUUACUCUUCCCUGGCUGGGACUUUCGGCGGCCUCCUUCUCUUCAGGAGUCCAGCAACUCGAUGGGCAUCUGUAGCUUUUGGUGCUGGCGUGGGUAUUGGGUCUGCAUACACUGAGUGUUCUCGUAUAUUUGAUGGGUCUCCUGCAAAGCCAGCUCCUUCAGAACUUGCAGAUGCUCCUCCUCCUUCCCAGGAUGUGCAAGAGUGACUUGAAGUAGCCGUCAAGUUGACAGGAUCAAAAUCCGAAUUUCCUAAGUUGAGGUUGUUGGCUUUUUUUUGCCCUGAAUUGCUUCUGAUGAUGUACUUACAUACAUUGUUGUCAAAGACAAACAAUUACCAUUAUGCGUUGCGUAAUUUCAUACAGAUUCUGUUACCUUUUGUUAUGUAAUUCUACGGAGUAAACAUGACUUGGGAGAAAUAAAAAUAAUUCCUUGCU